AUGUUACCGGGCUUGGCCGCCGCCGCUGCGGCCCACAGAUGUAGCUGGUCUUCCCUGUGCCGGCUCCGUCUGCGCUGCAGGGCGGCGGCCCGGGGCUCCAGCGACCGCCAGGAAUGGCAGAGUUUAGUGACAUUUGGAAGCUUUUCAAACAGUGUUCCAUGCUGUACACUGAAUCAAGUAAAGUUGUAUUCCACAAGUGUUCAGAAAGAAGGACAGGGAUCACAAACUCAGAAAAUGGAAAAAGUACCUUCAUUUGAUGAAGCAGCAGAAAAUAUGGGUGCAGAACUGAAAGCUCCAAUUAUUAAGCAAGAACCUCUCCAAGUAAGAGUCAAAGCAGUUCUUAAAAAGAGGGAAUAUGGACCAAAGUAUACUCAGAAUAAUUUCAUCACUGGAGUCAGAGCAAUGAAUGAAUUCUGCCUCAAAUCCAGUGAUCUGGAACAGCUUCGAAAAAUCAGACGACGAAGUCCUCAUGAAGAUACUGAGUCCUUUACUGUAUACUUGAGAUCAGAUGUGGAGGCAAAAUCUUUGGAAGUUUGGGGAAGCCCUGAAGCUCUUGCCAGAGAGAAAAAACUUCGUAAGGAAGCAGAAAUAGAAUAUAGAGAAAGGCUAUUUAGAAACCAAAAAAUACUGAGGGAAUAUAGAGACUUUCUGGGAAAUACCAAGCCACGCUCUCGAACGGCAUCAAUUUUUUUUAAGGGGCCAGGGAAAGUGGUGAUGGUUGCCAUUUGCAUUAAUGGAUUAAACUGCUUCUUCAAAUUUCUUGCUUGGAUUUAUACGGGUUCAGCAAGCAUGUUUUCAGAAGCGAUACACUCUUUAUCUGAUACUUGCAACCAGGCCUUAUUAGCAUUGGGCAUCAGUAAGUCUGUUCAGACACCAGAUCCUACUCAUCCGUAUGGAUUUUCAAAUAUGCGCUAUAUUGCUUCACUAAUUAGUGGUGUUGGUAUAUUCAUGAUGGGUGCAGGAUUAUCUUGGUACCAUGGAAUCAUGGGAUUGCUCAAUCCUCAACCAAUAGAAUCUCUUCUAUGGGCAUACUGUAUUUUAGCGGGAUCAUUAGUAUCUGAAGGAGCAACACUUCUUGUUGCUGUAAAUGAGCUUCGUAGGAGUGCUCGGGCCAAAGGAAUGUCAUUUUACAAGUAUGUAAUGGAAAGUCGUGAUCCUAGUACAAAUGUUAUAUUACUGGAGGAUACUGCAGCAGUGUUGGGAGUGACAAUAGCAGCCACUUGUAUGGGCCUAACCUCCAUAACAGGGAACCCACUGUAUGACAGCCUGGGUUCUUUGGGUGUGGGCACCCUAUUAGGCGUGGUCUCAGCAUUCCUCAUCUACACUAACACAGAAGCACUCUUAGGACGAUCCAUCCAGCCAGAACAAGUACAACGGCUUACUGAACUCCUGGAGAACGAUCCAUCAGUAAGGGCAAUUCAUGAUGUUAAAGCCACAGACCUGGGAUUAGGGAAAGUGAGAUUUAAGGCAGAAGUGGAUUUCGAUGGACGAGUUGUCACGAGAUCGUAUUUGGAAAAACAAGAUUUUGACCAAAUGCUACAAGAAAUUCAAGAAGUGAAGACUCCUGAAGAACUAGAGACCUUUAUGCUUAAACAUGGAGAAAAUAUUAUUGAUACUUUAGGAGCUGAAGUAGAUAGACUUGAGAAGGAACUGAAAAAACGAAAUCCUGAAGUUAGACAUGUAGAUUUAGAGAUACUAUAGACUUGAUGGGAUGAAUCACCUUGGAACCAAGUUUGCGAAGACUACUUUCCCACCCUGAGGGAGUCAUUGCCAUUCAGAAGCCGUUUAUUUGAAGAUGGAGGAAGUAUUUAUAUGAAAAGGGCAAUUCAACAGUCCAUAGAACUACAACAGCUUCUUCUAAGAGACAUAUUACAAGUUGAAUCAAUUUGGAAAUCAUGUUUUUAUGUUUCAAUGGGAAACGUUUUAGUUACUUAAAUUGUUCAUAAUUUCUUAUUUUAGCCUGUCAGUGUGUGUUGUACCUGCAAUCAUGUUUCCUUCCUUCACAUGGGUAAAAAUAAGCAGCAUCCAUAAGAUUCAGAUUUUUUAUUUUGUUGCCAGUGAAGAUUUCACUCCAUCAAAACCUGUCAGUCUUGAACAUUCUGGCUAAAUCUUGUAUUCUGGUUUUUAAAACAGUCACUCCGUUUUCAAAGUCUGUCUUUCCUUAUAGAAUGUAGAAAUUAUUUCGACAUAGCUUGUAUUUUUGCCCUGAGCACUAAGAGGAACACUGUCCUAAUAACUUAGUUAUCCAUAAAUGUUCAUUCCAGUAGGACUUUGUUACUAAAUUGAAGGAAGAUAACUUCAGUACACUCUUGUAGGUCAUGCUAGUUGCCAUUUUGUAAAAUUUCUUUUCUCUCCUUUGUUUUUUUUCCUUAUUUAGUUCAAUUUUUCUAAUGGUAGGAAGUAUAACUCUAGAUGUUUCCAUGGGCCAGUGUGAUGACUGGUUUUUAGUGUUUGUUUUUGACUGGCUCCAGUGCUGCCGUGUGCAUUUACUAGGAGAUAAUGCAUUUAUAAGCAUUCUGACAUUCUGUAAAGUGGACUAGAAAUAUUUAUAAUUUUGCAGACACCACAGCGUUUUAUUUUUAAUUUAUUUUAAAAGAGGCACUACUUAUGUACAUCUGAACUGUGUGAUAUUUCUUGCUUUCAGAGAUAGAGAUGUAAACCUCUAAUACAGAAACUUGUGACCAUGACUUUAUUUAAUGUCAUAGUCAAUAGUAUAACAGGAGUUUCUUGCAGUUACAAAUGGGCAUUUAGCAUAAAGUAUGAUUAUAAAUUAUGUAAGUAGCUUUCUAAUGAUCAUAAAGUAUCAAGGUGAAAAAACAUGCAAUUCAGUAAUUAAAAACUUAGUGCAAAACUACAGCUGUGUCUCUCCAUUCAUCAAACCAGUUCACAUGCACUUUAAAUUGUUCAGGGACCGAUGAGCAUUGUCCAUGCAAGAGUGAUGGCUGGAUGAAUACUCUCUCUGCUAGAUACGGGGGUGUUUAAGGACCUAGGUCAGUGUCUAUAAACUUAUUUAGAUUGAAGUUUAUCAAUUAUAGCAAACUGUAAUGCCAGAAGCAAAAAAUAAACAUUUGAUUAAAGGGUU